AUAGAUUAGGGGAAAUUCCUUGCAUUCCCUUUGAUUUAGGGCUAUUCUUCAAAAUUUCACUAAACUCCGGGGAACUUUGUGAACUUCUAUAUGACUUCGAGGAAACUCCCCAAACAUACUUCAAUUCUAUCCCAUUUGAUUGUAAAUAAACCCGUUAGUCAUAAUUGUUUGUUCUUUCUACUGUAAGUUGUAUGGCGCCUUACAUUUUCGGCGGCUUGCUUAAGGUUGUUGGGUAUUGGGCAUUGUGUGGUUGUGAACUGUCCGAGUGUCAGUAACGCUUGAUUGUAUCCUGCUAAUUAAAAUGCCGGACAGCAAUGUUGCUAACGGGGUCGUGUUGUCAGAUAAACCAGACAAGUUUAUUGAUAAAAUCGAUCCUGAGGAUCCAGAUUAUCAGAAAAGUUUAAUGCGCCCUGCUUGCAUAAAAGAAGAUGUAAAUCUGAUGAUUCAACGACAGCGCGUGUCCGGCAUACUGAAGUCGGAUGCUUUUCGACGAGAACUGGAGGAGGUUAUACGUUCUCAGUGUCCAUCUGGUGACUAUCCUGGUAUGAGCACUAGUCUUCUGUCUCUGCAACACAUAUCAGAUUUAUUCAAUUCUGCCCCUCCUGGAAAACCUCUUGGUGGGGGUGGGUUUGCAAGAGGGCAUCGUAAUGGUGUUAUUCCGAUAAAUGACUUGCGUGGUGGUGACGCGACUGUUUAUUCUCGACGUGAACGUUCUCUCCGUUGCAAACUAGCAUCGGUAUAUCGCUUAAUAGAUCUUUUCGGAUGGAAUUCGAGUAUAUACAAUCAUGUGACUGUAAGUAACUUUUAUUCUUUCAGCUCCCAAACUUGGUAAAUGGCCAAUCAGCAACCGUCUAAAAGUAAUCAUUAGCAUUAUUAAGUACCUAUUUCUGUUCACUUUCUCAUGAACCAAACAUUCCUUCGGAGCAUAAAUAGAGGUUCUAGGCACAUUAACGUCUACCAUAUGUUCACACAUUCUAAACCUAUUCUCACUAUAACUCAUCGUAACUCUAUAUCUUCCAAUAGUUUUGUCGUCGUUGUUCAAACCGAAUAACAUUCGAAAAUUUUACUUUUAUCUAUUUGCUUUAUUUACUUAAGUAGGCUAGUCCUUUAUUGAGAUAAAAUAUAAUAGUGAUGUUCGCAGAUCAAAAGACUUGGGGAUCGAUUUUAGUUAAAUUGAAAUGUAGGUGUUUAAUGUAGACUACUGAAAAAAAUAAAGCACAGUAAUGUAUCUUUAAAACUGAUCCUUUAUACUAUUACAAGUCAUACCUAAUAGCAGAAAAUUUCACGACCUUUAAAACAUCCGGAGCUGUUUUGCUACUCCACCACAAACUGAUUAGUCCCCAACUCCUUCCAAUGCCAGCGGUAAUAUAUAAUGUUAGGUAUGUAGGUCUCUGUGAUGUCAUACGUCAAGGUGUUUCAAAACCACCUAGUUCAGUGUUCUUAAACGGUGUCUGAAUAAUAACCUUCGUUCUCAAAAAGACAUUCUCAUCAGUAUUACUCACGCAAUAUUACUACCAAAUGCAAUAUCGACGUAGUCAAACUUAAAGAGACUUAGAAUACCUUCAGUAUGAAGUGGCCAGGUUUGAAAGUGUAAUACUAGACUAGAUACAAUAAGUGUUGUACCCCCGACUUUCUCUAGUCAGACUAUUGGAAGAACGGGUCUAAAGGUAACACAGAAGUGUAUAAAGUGUUUUUGCUUUGAUACGUGAAGAUUAAUCUCAUCUGUCGCACCACUUCUAGUACUCAUAACAAGCCAGAUACUAUCGCCAACGGACUACUUUUAUUUCUUUUCAUAAAGUGUCAGCGGAGUCUAGUUUGCGAAAUUUGAGGCUUAAAUAAUGAUAAUACUACUAUCUUUUAAGCAACCGCAACAAAAAGUCUCUGAGUUACAAACUUAUGCUUAAACAUAGUUUUAUUCAUUGAAUUCCUGAGUCCUACCAUAGAUGUGAAUUAUAUUUUGCUGGAUCUUUUGGGGAACAUUUCUUAUUGUUUCCCUUUUAUUUAUUUUAGGUGUGUGUUAGUCGCAAUCAUGAACAUUAUUUAGUUAAUCCUUUCGGAUUGCUUUAUCAUGAAAUUACUGCUUCGUCUCUCAUCAAGGUCGAUUCCAAAGGUGAGCUACGGUAGUAUGAUUAUAAACGUCACUUAAUCUGAAUUUUCUGGAUGUUUCUAUUCCGACUAUACUCUAGGAACUUUCUCCUUUGAUCACUGAAUUCUAAUGAAUUUCUAUUUAGUAAAUAUUGCUAGACGGUUUCUAACGAUUUUUCAUUAGAUUGGUAAAAUUCAAAGCACUGAUCUUUUUGAUUUUCCAUUUGUUACCUUAAAUGGUGUAACUAAACAUUAAAUAACUAAACGCUCAUUAUUAUUUAACAAGAACUCAGCAAAAUAAACUACCUAUAAAUUUAUGUAUCAAUGAUUUGUUCGGUUGUUUGAGAAAGCCGAAGUAUGCUGGAAAAUACCACAAAUGAAAACUAUGUACUUUUGAGUCUAGUAGCUCAAUAUCAAGCGAAUAGAAUUAGUCAGUUUUAAGCAUUCUGACAUGCAUGAUGAUUCCUGCCACAAACCUGGUCAGUAUGUAUAUGUUGUAGUUUGAUUACUAUUUGCUUUAUUCUACUCAGUGUCGCUAUUCGGGUAAUGGAAUGGUAGUGAGUUCACAAUCAUAACUUGGUUUUCUGAAAUUUUGGAUUAUAAUUACUGCUUUAGAUAGACGUACAUAAUCCCUGUUGUUUUGAAUUUUACGCACUAAUGAGAUUUUACGUUCAGUUUCCGGUAACCCAGACCUUGUCGAUGUGAUUGGGAGUAAGUCGUUUAAGAGACUGGUGAUUUGAAUGGAUGUGAUUGAAAUGGAAAGUUUACUGGGAACUCAGGAGUUCAUGGAAUAUAUGGGUCAUUAAACGAUACAAAGAUUUUCACGCAAUGAAAUUGUGCAAAGCUUGUGUAAGGACCGAGAAACCUUGCUAUCGGAGCGUGCUAACGAGUUGGAAACAACAGCUUCUCCCAGUAACUGCCGGGAGCUCUUUCAACUUAUCCAAAUCACUAGAAGCAAAAAGUCUGGUGUGUAAAAUAAUCUGUGAAGCUGAUGGGAUGCCAGUUAAUAACGUCUACCGACGUCUUAGACAGUAAGCAGAGUUUUCUGAGGAGUAGUUCAACUGAUUUGCUGCCCCGGCGACCGACCAGUUUGUCAUGCCCUCCAUGGCCUGUGACGACUGAUCCACUUAACGCGGCUAGAGUCCUCAAGGAACUCCAACUCCUGAAGCACUACAAAUCACCAGGUCCAUUUUACUUACCUCUGGCCCUUUUUAAAUAUGGUGGUGACUUUCUGGUUAAGGAACGGACUGAGUUGUUUACAAAAGUUUGGCAGUUAGUGGUACAACAUCGUGGAAUGAGCUCAUAGUUGUUCCUAUCUUUAAAGAAGGUUCGCGUCGUUUCUGCAACAACUAUCUGGGGAUAGGUCUACUUCCGAUCGCGUCCAAAUUAUUGGCUUUCCUCAUACUUCGUAGAUUGUUCAAAACCUGGGAAAGAAUGACUCGUGAGGAACAGGCUGGUUUUCGUUUUGGUCGAGGAUGUAUUGAUCAUAUAGUCACCCCUCGACAAAUGCUAGAACAUCGCCAUACUAAUUCCAGGCCAACAACUGUUGUGUUUCUUGACAUUAGGGCCGCUGUCGAUUUGUUGGGCAGGACUUCUCUGAGAUUGUUUAUUGAAAGUGUUCCUGAGUUUAUUAGUAGCUUGAAUGCCCCAUAAUACAAAUACCUCAGGCAGAGUGAAGGAUGUACAACCACCUUUCUCUUUUGUUUCAUCAGGCAGUGGGGUUACAUAGGGUUUCCCAGUCUCACUAUUCCUUUUCAAGACUUUUAUUGAUGACGUUUAGUGAACAGUUAUUAUGUAAAUAGGUAAUGGUAUUGUGGAUCUGAUACCUGGGGAACGUGUGUUUAGACAUAGCGACGAUAAUUUAAUUGGUGUCACCAUUUCAAAACACCGACUUUGGUCGCUUGGACAGGUCUCAUGAAUGUCGUCCCAGCGAAUUCUACAUCGUGCAUCAUUUGCCGACACUGGGACCGAUUGUAAAAAGAGGAGAUAUGGUCAGUGUAUGACAUAGCGUCAUAGCAUGAAAGGAAGCUGUACAGGACUGGUUUCUUUUGGUCCUUCAUAACUCCCUAAUUGGGGUCUCAGAGAUGGUGCAACACAGUCUAUAGAAACGCUCACAGAAAUGGCUCAGAAUAAAAGCCAGUGGCGAUCUCUCUGUAACUUACCUUUUUCAUACAAGUGAACGUAAGUUCUCUAACUGAGAGAAUUCUUCCUGGUUGUAUUUUCGUUAACUGAACUGUCUCUCUCAUUAUUAUUAUUUCACUUGCAUACACUAAUUUCUGUUCAUUGUUGUUUUUCUUUUUUCUUAUACACACAUUACCUUCUCUAUCCCUUCACAACCUUAUUGUUAUUAUGUUCUUGGUGCCCUCUUAUAUCGAUGUUUAUGUAUUUAAAUAAUAUAGACGAUACAAAAUGAUUCCUUGCAUUUUGCGCUUUCAGUAAAUUAAUAAUCAUUUUGGCUUAUACGUAACCAUACGUAAUUAUUUUUUCAUUUCACAGGCCAGAUACUUGAUCCAGGAUCUACCAUUUUAGGUGUAAAUCAAGUAACAUGGGCCUUACAUUCAGCCGUUCAUUCAGCUCGGGCUGAUAUCCGAUGCAUUAUACACUUGGAUACCCCUUCUACUGUUGCAAUAUCUUGUAUGAAAUCGGGUUUGUUGCCUCUUUGUAAUGAAGCAAUGAUUUUGGGCGAAGUGGCUUAUUAUACUCCUAGCGGUGGAUUAAGCUGUAGAACCAACGCCGACGCUAACGGAGAUUUCGGUGAUAUUAAAGAUUGGGCAGCUGAAUGUGCAACAGUCAGUGAAGCUUUAGGUCCAACUGCUCGUAUAUUAUUUCUUCGAAGUCUUGGAUUACUUGCCUUAGGUGAAACGAUCGAGGAGGCAUGGCAUUAUGCAACUAAUGCAAUAGUUGCAUGUGAUACUCAGGCAAGCAUUUUUUUAUAGAUUCUAUUUGUGUGCAGAUGCUCUUCCAGUCAGUAUGCUAUAAUAGACUCAUCAAAUACACUUACCUAUUGUAGUUCAAAAAAUCUUUUUGUCUUUAUGAUAGUGGAAUAGCGGUUAUUAUUUUUUAUUCUCAUUGAGAUUCUAAAAACUUGAAUCUCCUCGAUAAAAACCAAUUAAUUAAGACCACUUCAUACUUCAUUUUUAUCACGUCCUCUACUUGAUUACGGCAUAAUACGAUAUACAAAUAACAUGUAGAACCCCACCGUCGCAAAUCAGAAGACGGAAGAAACAAGGGGAGUGAUUAUUAGAUAAGAAUCGAAAAUGUACAAAAGACAUAGGUAUUUAUAGCUAUUGGUAUUUGCUAUAACAUCAUCAUAAUUCAGCCAAUUCUCAAGGAGGCAAGUUGUGCUACCGUCCAAUCGUAGCAUGCCACGUUCAUAUUCUAGAAGGCUCUAUCAGGUUCUGAUUAGAUGUAAUCUCUUCGACUCCUUUAAAGCCUCUGGAGUCUUCGUCAUGCUCUUCAAAGCUGUCUCAACAAUUUCAACUCUAGGUAUUUUUCUGAUAAAUUUCAAGGGGAUUUAAGUUAAAACAUUUAAAUAAGGUGAAUCUAUGUGGGCAUUUUCACGUUUAAGGUUGACUUUUUAAACUCUUCUUCCUAACAGUAGAGUCACGUAAUUGUUGGAUACAUAUUAUUCAAAUGUUAGUUACUCCGAAUAAAGUCUGCAGUGUACCAAUAUUCAACAAAACGUUUGUUUCAGGCGUUGUGUAACUUCAUGGACUAGCUCACAAACAUGUAUAUAGUUACUGAAUUGUAUGUAUUCAGUCAGAAACUCAUUUCUCUUCACACAAGAGCUAAUAUCCUUGGUUUUAUCAACGUACAAUCUAUGUUUCUAUCAUUUAUUUAUUUCGGAAAGCACCCAUCCCAAUUAAUGACCUAGAAACAUUUUAUCUACUCAGGAAACUAUUCUGAUACAGGCGAGAAAAAUAUUUUUCAUGAAUGUAUAAGUAGCUGUUAAUAAUUCUGUUAUAGCCUUAAGCAAAUCCUAUUAUUGUUAGUUUCAACGGUCCAUGUAGUAGACCUAUGUAAUAUCAGUUUGCCAUCAUCGACGUAAAUUCUUGGAGAGAUAUGUGUUGGCUUGUUUUGUCAUACAAUGUUAGCACGAUCAGAUGUAUUAUUUAUUUAUUUGAACACAUAAAUAUUGGUACAAAUGGCACCAAACACAUAUGCACCACACAAUUCACUUGAUUUGUGUGUGGGCUGUGAUACUGCCUGGGUGCCCAAACCGAAGCAGGUGGUUUUCUUAGGGGCCACGCCCGGAGCCUUCCACCUAAAGGUUUGAUCCACUGGCAGUGGAGCAACGUCAGGAGAUGCUGCCCCAUGAUACCCGAUGACCAACAAUUAGUUCAUACGCCAUUUGUUCCCUCAGGGUCCUAGAUCCCAUGCGCACCAUUGGUUUGGAAUCAGGGUUUUACAACUCCCCUAGGUGGACCCUCUGCGUCCACCAACCCGAUUAAAGCGCCAGACAUUCGUUUUUCGCCCUCUCAGUUUCGAAAACAACAGCCCCGCCUGGAGAAGGCAAUGAGUAGGACUUCCCUGGCAGGGGCUAUGUACUCGUGGUCAUGUGAGAGCAUUUCGAGAGUGUGAGCUGGCUCUCCCCACCCUCGGCCGUACCAGGAAAUUUGGGGGCUACCCAAACUGAUCUAGAUUCCAACCUAAGGUCUAUUUAAUGGAAAUUUUUGCACUUAGUCAUUGCACUUGGAGAAGUAUAAAUGAGAUUAGCAAGAUGAAUAGCCAGAAAAUAGGAAUAAUAUGGUAGCAAUAUAAAGACUAAUUGUAUUAAGUAAUUGCGAUAAGAUAUGUGAUGAAGUUCAAUUUAUUAUGUAACUGUAAAUUCCACCUCCCACAUCUUUCACAUGAGUUUUGGUGGAUAGCCUUUCAGUAAACAUAAGAGCUUUGGUAUGACCUUUUUAAAUUAAGAAGUCAAGGUUGCUAAAUGUACUUUUUAAGGUCACUGGCUUAAUUGCUGGUUAACUUUUAACGACAUUUGUAUUAACUCUAGAUAACAUUUGCAAAUUAUAAAACAAAUUCUUGUUUAUAACAUUGUUUUUAUCACCUUAUGCGAUAAUUGAUAUUACAAUUAUCCGUUUUGACUCAUUAUAUUCUGGGCACACUACUCGUUUCAAGUGCGAAGUUCUGUUAUUUCACGUCUUAUUUCCUGUAAAUUCAUUAAUCAGUGAAAAAAGCCUUUCAACACACAGUAAGUUCAGUUUGUACAAUAUUGAAGCAUUCAUAUUGCAUGUUGAUCUAAGUGAGAUUAUAAUAUCAUCAAUUUAGUCUGUCAUUUAUUCCUUAUCGCUAAAAACAACUAAUGUGUACGUUUUAGCUCUUAUUGGCCUCAGUCAGUACCGAAAAUCUCAUUCUCCCUACAGACAAACUAAAGCAAAAAACUUAUGAAACAUGGCGUACAGCUGGAUUAGGCGGUCUUAGUGGUCCAGAAGCUGCACUAGCUAUGCGACUAUCUUCGCCUAAUAAGUCUGGUACUAGUGAAGCAGGACAACAUUCAGUAACAAAUGGUUUCAUCUCAGAUGGUUCAAAUGUGGAAAGUAAUUCGGCCAGACCAUGGCGCUUAGGUGAACUUGAAUUCGAAGCUAUGAUGCGUCAUUUAGAUAACGCUGGGUGUCGUACAGGCCAUCUUUAUCGGCAGGAGGCUAUGGCGAGCCCACAUCGAUCACGAAGAAGUAAAGUCGUGAAUGGACACGGUGGGGCUGGUCGUCAGGACGAUGAUAUACAAGUUCCACCAUCUGCUUCGUCUGUAACUGCUACAAUGGCUUAUUAUUAUGAUGACGGAGUUCUUUCGGGCGAUGAAACGGAAACACCUAGACCAUCAACUCUUAGGCGCGAGUUUUCGGAGAAGCAAUGGUUUAACACACCAAACAAAUACACUAAAGAAAUAAUUGAACCUGCUCCAGGCCAUCAACCAGUUCCGCAUUGGGUUUGUGAACGUGAAGCAGCUGUUCAUAAUGCUGUUUGUAAUGGUGCUCUACCUCCUCCGGCACCAUUUCAUCCUUUAACUCAUGGAGCAGUACCACUUGGUUCAACUGGUGGACCGGCAACUGGGACUUCGUCAGUCAUGUCACCCUACAAUGUAUUUGCUCCUCAAGGUUCUAAUCCAAAAGAAUAUCGCGAGCAGCAAAAGAAAGUCAAGGCGAAGUAUUAUCAUGAUACAAAUACUGCUGGACCUCAAUCUCGACUGUUGGAUGGUCUCACAUGGGAUGAAGCUCGACGAGUUCGUGACGAAGGUUUAGUCAAAGUAUUAGGUCCGAGAGCCGCCGCUUUAGUGGCAGGUGGUGUUACUAGCGAAAUGCCUGUAGCUGCAGCUAGUAAGGCAAUUAUCCAACGUGAUAUACGAAAUGCAGCAGUGAUAUAUGAUGGUCUUUAUUCUCAUCAAAAUCCAUUCGAGAAAAUUACUGAUGAAGAAUUAGAGAUGUAUCGACGUGAAAUUGAACUUAAAAAUAAUCCUGAUUUAGCUGCCGAGAUGGAUCAUCAUCUUACCGGACAGAAUGCAUCUUUUGAAGCUCCUAGUUCUACUACACAUCUUAUAGAUUCGUUAGCCGUCGAUAGUGGUGCUACGGAUCUUGAAAGUGCCAGCGAACUUGGUCCAAGUCGCUUAGCACCACCACCUACGUCAGGGACACUGACAUCGGAACCGAGUGGAACUGAAGAUAUGAGUGAAAGUGAUGGUAAACACAAGAAGAAGAAACGACGCUUCAAACUUCCCUCAUUCUCUUUAAAACCUAAAGACAAAUCAAAGAGUAAAUGACAAGCUAUCUCGUUUGAGUAUGAAUAACUACCAGCUGAUUCGCAUUACGGUUCACAAUUUCGCAUCACAUCGUCGUUAACCCUAGAAGAUAUAGAUAAAUAUAAUUAGUAAUUUCGCUUACAUUCUGCAAACACAUUUGAGAAAUCAUUCCUCUAUUGUUAAAUGUUUCUAAAAACUUAACAGAACAUCUUUAAAGUGUGAUGCGAUGUGUGACUGUGCCUUAAAUUUCCACAUGAUUACUUGAUGCAAAUUCUUUAACCCUAAUGGGAUGAUGACUAGGGGACUAUUUUGAUUUUAAAAGAUGUGUGUAAUAACUAUUGUUGACUUGUAAUUACAAGCACAUAAUAAUUGGGUAUAUUUAAACUAUUAUGAUUAUCUUUUUCCGAUUGUGUUUCUCCUUUUUUUCCUUCACAUCUUUCCUUCAUCAUAUGGACGUUUCACAAGGUAGUAGAAUAAACGAUGAAAAGCCGUCUUGUUUUAUUGAAUCUUUUUUUGAAUUUGCCUGUUCGUUGAUAUUGUUAUUAUUUCGGCUAAUUAAUAUGCUUCGCUUUCCCUUGAAAAAGUGACACAAUGUUUUGUUUAGGAUAUUUGAUUUUGGAAGUAAUGUAUCACUAGAUCACUUCCCCUUCCACCUGCUGUUCUGAUUUAAUCCCACUCCCAGCUUACUAUAAUGCUAACAAUUUAUAAAAUCAUAUGUAAAGUAUUAUUCUCUUAAUUUUCGACGAUAUUUAAUGUUGUCACCAUCCACAUUCUAUUUCUCAUAUUUUCUUAAUUCCUGCACUGCACUACUCCGUCCAUAUUUUCAUAUACAUAUAUCUGUCAAUGAGCCGGUAAUUACAGUUAUCUGUUUUUUCAGAUAAUAUGAAUCAAACAAAAAUCUUAGAUUUUUUUGUAGCAUUUGGGGACUCAAUUUUUCAUUUCCCUAAAAAUCGACAUAUAUGCUUCUUACUGUCCACUAAUGUCUGUUGCCUUACGUUAUUCAAUAUUUUUUUCGCAUCAUUUUGUUUUACGUGUAUAGUUAUUAACAUUGCCAAGUUCACGUGUUUCCCCUCUUGCUACUUAGUUCGAUACAUAUAAUUUUAUGCUUUUUAAGUAUAUGCUCCAUUUAAUAAAUCAUAUUACAUAAAUAAGCUUUUGAAUAAACAUCCCUUUCUUAUCUGUGCUUAUGCUUAACCUGAAAUCCUGAUUUUCACUUCUUUAUUUUUCGUUUUAAUUUUACGCCAAAUUAUUUCCUCUGAAUUGUUCUUUUUUCGGUUCUUUAAACCUGAGACCCUGCAAUUGUCCCACUAAUAUACAUAUAUUUGAUGAGUAAUAAAGUCUUCUGUUUUUUACCAUCUUCCUAAAUAUUGUUCAGUAGUAGGCGUUGUUCACUUUCAUUACUUAUAUUGUUUUUCUUUUCUCCCACAGCUUCCUUGUCAGUCACUGGAUAACUACAAGUUGUAGUAAAUAAUACUUCGUUAGUGUAAAAUAAUGUUUAGUUAUAUUCAUUCCUAUUUGCUGUAGAAUUCUCCACGAAACCCUCGUUUCACUAUUGUUUUUCAAACACGAAGCUCAUAAAUGAGUAUCAACCUUUACGCCUACUAAUAGUUUUUGGCGGUUCCUGCUUUUUUAGCUCCACUCGUAUUUUGCACACUUGUUGAUAAGUAUGAAAGUGGAGAGGAACUUGGUUAAUUACAAGGUUCUACACUUAUUCUGUCAUGCAGCUAUUACUUAUCGUUCAUGUUGGGUUAUUUUGUUGAGUACUCAGAGAGUUGUCGUAACAACUACUAACAUAGAAAAUCUGGCUUCUGGUUUUAGUACACAGACUUCUUGAAAUCUGUUAUUCACAAUCUAGGCUGAGUUUAAAAUCUCCUUGGAGAGAUUUAUUGUUAAGUAAACGGAAUAUACCCAUUUUUAAAAAAUGACAAAAAUUGGUUCAGCGAAGAGCUGUCUUUUUGUCGACAUCAUUUUCAAUGCUGCACGAUCGCAAAUAUAUACUUAAUUUCCGAAAUGAUAUUAAUUACAGCAAUAGUUAUAACAGAAUCCUGCUAAACAUGGUAACAAUGAGGUAGAAUAAACAAAGGUAUAAAAACGUUAUUUUUAUUAAGGAAGCUAAUUAUAAUUUUGUUGUUAAGGGGUUGAAUAUUGAUCAUGAAGAUAGAUACGAAAAUUAUAAUUAGUAAGGAA